UUGACCUACGUGAAUCAACUCAGUUUCGUGCAGACAGCUCCGAAGAACGUAUUGAUCGGAAGCAUGGCGCUUCUCGUAAGAAUCGCAAAGUGUGAGACCCGAUUCAUCACGAGAUCCUACAGCAAUGCCGCCCCGACGGUAAAAAUGUACAUCGACGGACAAUUCGUAGAAUCGAGAGCCACGGAGUUCACGGAUGUACACGAUCCAGCGACGAAUCAGUUGUUGUGUCGCACUCCGAAAUGUACGAGAGACGAGAUGGAAAACGCGGUGCAAAGCGCGCGAAAGGCCUACGACAAGUGGCGACACACAAGCGUGCUCACGAGACAGAACUUGAUGCUAAAAUAUCAGGCUCUCAUCCGCGAACACUCGAAAGAAAUAGCGGAAAAUCUCGUAAAAGAAAAUGGAAAAACUAUGGCCGACGCUGAGGGGGACGUGCUUCGAGGUCUUCAGGUCGUCGAUGCUUGCACGGCGAUUCCGACGCUCCAGAUGGGCGAGUCCUCGGCCAACAUUGCUACGGAUAUGGACAUCGUGUCGUACAAAGUCCCUCUCGGUGUUACCGCGUCCAUUUGUCCUUUCAACUUUCCCGCUAUGAUACCACUUUGGUCGUUUCCGAUAACGGUCGCGUGCGGUAACGCCGCAAUCCUGAAACCCUCGGAACGGGUCCCAGGUGCGUCUAUGAUCCUCGCUGAUCUCUUCACGAAAGCCGGCGCGCCACCCGGACUCUUAAACGUUAUACACGGCCAACACGCGACCGUGGAUUUCAUUUGCGAGCAUCCCGAUAUCAAGGCAGUUUCCUUCGUUGGUUCCGAUCAAGCGGGCAAGUAUAUCUACAAGCAGAGCAGCGCCCACGGCAAGAGGGUGCAGUGCAACAUGGGCGCUAAGAAUCACUGCAUCGUUUUACCGGACGCGAACAAGAACAAAACGCUGUCGCAAAUCGUCGGUGCGGCGUUCGGCGCCGCCGGCCAGCGAUGCAUGGCACUCUCGGUUGCCAUCUUCGUGGGCAAAUCCAAGGAAUGGAUCCCCGAUCUGGCGGAGGCGGCGAAGAGACUGAAGGUGAACGCCGGACACGUACCCGAUACCGAUCUCGGACCCGUUAUAUCGCCGCAAGCGAAGCGGCGGAUCUGCGAGUUGAUCGAAUCCGGUGUUAAGGACGGCGCGAAACUGGCUCUCGAUGGAAGAGGCAUCGUCGUGUCCGGCUAUGAGAACGGAAACUUCGUUGGACCUACAGUGCUGACCGAUGUUAAGCCCACAAUGAAGUGCUACACGGAAGAAAUAUUCGGUCCAGUUUUGUCGUGCAUGUUCGCCGACAGCACCGACGAGGCAAUCGACAUCAUCAAUAAAAACUCUUACGGCAACGGCACGGCAGUUUUCACGACAAAUGGCGCGACGGCCAGAGCAUUCGUGAACAGAAUCGAAGCCGGCCAAGUCGGUGUUAACGUCCCCAUUCCCGUCCCCCUGCCGAUGUUCAGCUUCACCGGCAACAAGGGUUCCUUCCUCGGCGAUAACCACUUUUAUGGGAAAUACGGGAUAAAUUUCCACACGCAAACAAAGACUGUGACUCAGCUAUGGAGGUCCGGUGAUGCUAGCGACAUAUUGUCGUCAACAGCAAUGCCUACCAUGCAAUAAGAUUUGAAAUGCGUUAGGUGUUUAAUUUUAUAGCGUAUCAUAUUAUCUCUCGAGGACUUUCAAAUUUAUGCGCAGGAUUACGCGAGAUUCAUUCCAGUAACAAUGUCUUCCACUGUUACGUACAAAUUUGUUCCUAAUGUUACUGAAGAUAUUAUUUAAGCUAGAUACACGGUAUAUAUUUUUUAUAGCGCAAUAAAAUGCUGUUUCUCGAAA